AUGAGCAGCUCCGAUAGUGAAGUGCUCUCUCGAGCCUUCCACGGCAAUUCCUACCGCUUCGUGCAGCGGUUGCUAACGUUUGUGGCCAACUCAGUCGUACUGCGCACAUUGCACCUUCAUGUAACGGGUGCCGUCACAGUGCGUCUCGAACUCACACUGGCCUCGAUCUUCGUGUUCCGCGACGGCUUUCGCCUGGCGUUUCUCCGAAUGCCGUCCAUUGAUACGACAGGCGCCGGUAUGAAACAACUGCAGUUGCAGCAAUUGGUAAACGCCGCGUGGCUAUCGACUGCCAUCACGUGGGCACUCGCAGGUCUGUUGCUGCUGUCUACGGCGCUCUUAACGUCGUCCGAGACGGUGGACAGUGGCGACGCGGUAUCGAGUUACUCGGUCGUGUUUGCAAUGUACUGUGGUGCUGCAAUGAUUGAGGCGCUGGCCGAGCCCAUGUUCCUCUUGUCGCACGCUAGUGUGCUCGUGAGCUGGCAAGUCGCAGCACAGAGUGCUGCCUUUUUGGUGCGAGCGGCCGUGCAGUAUGUUGGAGUGGUCGUGCUGCAGCUAAAUUUGAUUGCAUAUGGACUCGCAGAGCUUUUGUAUGCAGUGACAGUGUUGCUCGUGUUUGUGCUGUUCUUUUGCCGACGAAUGUAUCGUCCUUCGGAUACCGACAACAAGUUCGCGUUCACAACGAUGACUGAACUGUUGCCGAAACGGACAGAGCCAGGUAUUGGGUGGUGUCACGCAGAACUGAAGACGUUAUUGGUACCGCUGGGUGUGCAAAGUGCAGUCAAGUAUCUCCUUACUGAAGGCGACAAGUGGGUGCUGACAAUGUUCGCUUCGCUGCAUGACAUGGGAAUCUAUGGAAUGGUGUCAAACCUAGGAUCACUCGUGCCGAGGAUUGUCUUCUUGCCUAUUGAAGAAGCGACGAAGGCUAUCUUCAGUAAGCUUGCGCUUGCACAGAAGCAAAAAAGUGAUGACGAAGAUGGCAAGAGAGUCAAGAUGGAUGAGCUGGCGAAUGGACAGACAUUGCUGCUUGUGCUGCUCAAGCUUAUGAACCUGGUGGGGCUGGUGUUUCUAUGUUUCGGAACAAGUUAUGCAAAAACGUUGGUGCUGUUAUUGUACGGAGCUGAGAAAGUUGGGCAAGGAGUAGGCGCCGCAUUGGCUGUCUAUUGCGCCUACAUCCCUCUCUUGGGAGUGAAUGGAGUUUGUGAAGCUGUGGUGCAUGCGAUCGGAAACGACCAGGAACUCAUACAUCUCAACAAGCUACUCGGUGUGUUCUUCGCCAUAUACGCGGUCAGUGCGCUUGUGUUCAUGCAAGUUCUCGACUGGGGUACCUUUGGCCUGAUCCUGGCAAACUGUGUGAACAUGGCCUGCCGGAUUCUAUAUUGUCUGGCAUUCCUGGCCUCGUACUUCCGCCAAGUAGCUCCCAAUGUCCAGACGGCCAGUGCUUUCGCGAAUGGAUUGUCCUUUUGGCGUCAGUCUUUGCCAGAUCGACUCGUAGUGUCUGCAUUCGUGGUUUCGAUGGGCGUGACUGCAACCUCUCAGCGUGUACUGCUCAAUUCCGGGACCGAGAAACCACCCUCGUUGAUGUUUCACAUGCUGCACGUGGCAGUGGGCGCACUUUGCUUUGCUGGAACGGCGCUUGUGCUCAUUCUGAAGGAGCAGCGUCUGAUACGUGAUCAGGUGGCAGCCCUUCGAGUUCAGAGCAAGCCUCACAGCGACUAG